UAAUAAACUCUCUCAUUAAAAGAAUAAAAUCUCUCAGAAAAUUAAAGAAAAUGACAGAUAUAAAAAGUGUUGUUGAUGUUUUAAAAAAUACAUCAAAGGGGAAGCUUAAUUAUUCUUCAAAUUUGACUCCGUUAACAAAAGCAGCUUUUCCGGUAAUAAAACAUACACAGAUAAUUAAAGAAUCAACUUUUUCUGGUAAGCAGUUUGAGAAUUAUUAUUCACCAGAAAGAUAUGAUGAGAAAGGAAAUGAAGACCAGCUUUUUAAAGAGAAAUGUCUAAAAUCAAGAAGUUCAAGAAUAACUAGUCUUGAUGUUGAUGGACAAAAUGAUGAAAAACAGAGUAUUUUAUCAACCAAUUUUACAUCAAUGCAUAUUGUUAAACAGCUUCAAUCCUGUAUACUUGUUCAAAAUAAAAUAGACCAAGAAUAUAGAGAUUGCUCUGUUAAAAAGCAAAAACAACGAGUUGAAAAUAUGAAACUUGUCAUAAGCGAAAUCGAUCAGGAGUGUGAGUUCACGAUAGAAAACAUUGAGAAAAAUGUGGUGGUGAAGCUUGAUAAUGAAUCUAUCUCUCUCAGUGCACAGGAAAGUGAAAUCAGUCAACUCUCAUCUCAUGAAAUGCAAAAUUUUCAACGAGUAAAAAUGCUACGAGAUGAAGCUGUACAGAAAAAACGAGUCGAAGCAGAGGAGGAACGAAAAAAAAUUCAGUAUGCAAUAAAGCAGAAAGAAGAAGCUAAAAAAAGAAUCAGAGAUAAUAAAAUAAAACUUUUUGGUUUUGUGGAGCCUGCCCAAGUAUUAAAAAAAAAUAUUAUUUCUUUAUUUCAAGAAAACAAAGACAAAAAUAAUCUGCCACAAUGUGUUACUACACUAUUGUCUCAAGUUUCCACAUGUUUUAGUCAGUUAACACAAAUUGUUAAUGAUGGCGUAAAUGGUGAAAAAGAAGAUUUAAAUAUUGAGAUAAAACAAGCUUCUCAUUUGUUAGAAUGCUUGGAAAAACUUUUUAAAGCUUGUGAAACAGAGAAAGAAAAAAUCCAGCUUGAUUAUAUUAAUGAUAAAAAAAUAAAAGCUGAAAAAGAUCUGGCUUUUGCUUCCACCAACAAUGUCAAAGUUUCUACAUCCCAACCUGAUAUUCAACAUUCAGUUGCACAAUCAGUUGCAAAAACAACAAUUACUCCUGAAUAUACUGUUGUUAAUAAAGACAAUUUUAACAUUGAUUUUCCACCUGAGCUGGAAAACAUUAAAACUUUACUGUUGCAGGAUAUUAAUCAUUACACUGAUGUAUUUGCAUUUAAAGGGUAUUUACAAUUGAAUCAACUUCUAUCACAAAUUGAGAAACAGUGUGAGCCAUUAGAUAAAUCUACUACACAAGAAAAAAAAAACUAUAAGUUUAAUUUAUACAAAGUAAUAAAUACAACAAUAAAUGCAAUAUCUGAUGAAAGUUCCAAACAUUUGUUGGCUAAGUUAUUAAAGUUAUUUUCUUUACUUACUGAACAGACGGUAGAGAUUGGCAACAAAACUGUUAAUACCAAGUUGGAUCCACUUGCAUUAUUUCUGUGUAAGAACCUACUGGCAAAGAAACUAGUUCUUCAAGGUGCUACCCAAAUAGCCUCUAAUUACCAAACGGCUUUCCCAAUUGCAGCUAUAGCAGUAUGCGUUUGGACCCUUUUUCCCGACUGUGGACAGCUGAUUCUUGCUCAUUUUUAUAGGAAUUGCCCUUAUCUUGUGCCAUUAUACAUACCAUACACAAAAAAUAUGGACAUUCAAGAGUAUCAUAAAUUGAUUGGCUAUGAUAUAGACGAUGGCAAAAUAGAAGACGAAGAUAAAUAUUUAAAAAAAAUUUCUGGCAUAGUACGACUUUAUGCAGCAAUAGUCCAAACAGACAUGCCACCUUUUCUUGGAGAUAAGCCGCAUCCGCACGGACUUGACUAUGCUUGGGUCUGGUUAACUCGGUUUCUUACUUUAGAACCACGUCCGUCUAUAAGUGCGGUCAUUAUUUAUGAUUUUUUAGAAGUUGCUGGUCAUGCUAUGAUGAAACGAUUUGGAAAACAAUUUCAAAAGUUGCUUUUUAUUUUGUACGAUAAUUAUUUACCUAAGGUUAUAAAAGUGACUUCUAAUGAUGGAAAACCUAUGAUUAUCCGAUUAAAAAUGUUUUUAGACGCUUGUGUUAAAGAAGGAAGAAUAAAAGAACCUGAAGGCUUUUUGCCAAAGCAAUGGUGGAAUAGAAAUUAGAUUAAAAGAAAAUCUUUUAUAA